AAAAAAGAAAAUGAAGAAAUCAAAAAGAAAUAAUAAUAAUAUGUAUGUCUUACAUCCGUGACUUAAAACAUACCAGUCGGAGUGUUCGCGGUUCAUUUGAGUUUUGGAAACAGUUCAACACAUUUGUUGAAGCGACGAAAAAAUGUAUAGAUAUUUUGUAAUUUUAUUCGGGCUUGUCGGGUACAUUUUAGUGCGUGCUUCUUCAUCGGAUAUGUCAUUAGCGCAGGAUACAUAUGUGGACGCCUUUCAAAACUCACAUAAUACAGAAUAUGGUGCUAUUGGAGGCUAUCAAUAUAACAUGCCAACAGAUAAUAACUAUUUGCCACCAGCUCCAGCGCCGGGUCCGGUAUACGGCCUGCCACAAUCCCCAUUAUAUAACCCCCCAUCACCAGUAUUUUAUAAACACUCUCAUCCAACACCGUAUUAUACAAACGAUUCGUUCUUAGGAAAACUUAAAUCUAAAAUAAAUUUGUUUACUCUUGGAAAAAUAAUUUUAAAGUUAUUAAUAUUUAAAAAAAUAAUCAAAUUUAUCGGUUUAAUUUGUUUGCUGCUGGUCUUACCUAAGCUAAAGCAUAUGUUUAGCGAUAGUAUGACUAUUGAAGAUGAAGGAAUGAACAGUAAGCACGUGGAGACUGAUAAAGAUAAGCUUCAAAAACACAUAAAUGAGGUUUAUGAUUUUAUAAUGAGCUCCAUUCAAGACUUCGAAGUUUAAAAUAUAUAAGAAUUUGGUUAUAUGUAGU